AGUAAUAGUGCAGAGCUUUCUGAGGCUAUAAACUCCAGGUGGAACUGAUAUAAGAAGAGCAAGAUAUGCUAUACAUUUUUGUCCGAUGCUCCGGGACCCAGAAGAUCUGAACAGACCAGACUCUGACCAUAGUGCGUUAUGGACCGCAUUCCGAGGCAGUCGUUGGUUCACUCGUGUAUGGACUCUACAAGAGCUUCUGGCGCCGCCAGCUAUAGUAUUCUAUUCUAGCGGCUGGGUCGAACUCGGAAUGAGAUCCACUCUACAGGUUCAGACCAAGCAAGUAACAGGAACCGACAAGUCUCUAUUAAUUCAUCGAGAGCUCAUUACCACUAUGGAGGUCGCGUCAGGCAAGAGAAGUAUUGCCCAGAGAAUGUCGUGGGCUGCACACAGGAAAAUUUCGCGUAUCGAGGAUAGGGCUUACAGCCUCAUGGGUAUCUUCCAGAUCCAGAUGCCACUCUUGUAUGGCGAAGGAGACCAAGCUUUCAUCAGACUCCAGGAAGAAAUCAUGCUUGUUAGCAAUGACCACAGCAUAUUUACUUGGGGGUUAUCCUCCAGGACUCCGAUUACAGAACCUUCCCAGGCCAUGGUACCUUCGUUCCUCGCGAACACCCCUACAUUAUUUGCCGAAAGCGGAGACAUCAUUUCUGAUGAGCUCUCACCAGCCAUGCAUCCACACAGCUCAGAUAAGCAGAGAAUCUUGCUGAAGACCUUUGUCGUAGCAACGUCGGUGGCAGUCGGAGGCAUGGGUGGAUGGAUUCUACCUUCGCAACGUAUAGUACUGGCAUUUCGAGAAUGUAAUGACCUUACAAACUUGAUUGCGUUUGUGUCGUACUUUUCGGGCGAUACUCAGCAGUACUGCCGCCAUAGUCGACAAUUCCGCAGGAUCUCCCGAGACUCGCCACAACUGCACGACCCCUGUUCCAUAUAAGUCUCUAGUUCAUUCCUCUUACUCGGCAUCGUACGAGACUGGGGCGGUGUGCCAUUGGCAUUCUUCAUCCGUGCUCUUCCAUCAGAUAUUUCCAUCGAGGCCGC